AUGAUGACAUACAUUGGAUUUAUUUUGAGUAUCAUGUUUGUGAUUGGUUUUGUGGGAUUUUCUUCGAAACCUUCACCUAUUUACGGGGGCUUGGUGUUGAUUAUAAGUGGUGGGUUUGGUUGUGGUAUUGUGAUAAGUUUUGGGGGUUCUUUUUUGGGGUUGAUGGUCUUUUUAGUUUAUUUAGGUGGAAUGUUGGUGGUUUUUGGUUAUACAACGGCUAUAGCUACUGAGCAGUAUCCUGAGACGUGGGUAUCUAAUGCAACUGUUUUGGGUGCAUUUGUUUUGGGUGUAUUAAUGGAGGUCAUGUUGAUUUUAUAUGUUUUUAAGAGUGGUGAAGUGGAAGUUGUAUUCAAGUUUGGUGGCAUGGGGGAUUGGGUGGUUUCUGGUAGUGGGGAUUUUGGAGUCUUUAGUGAGGAGAUUGUUGGGGUUUCUGCAUUGUAUAGCUAUGGGGUUUGGAUUAUUAUUGUGACUGGUUGGUCGUUGUUUGUGGGUGUUUUAGUAGUUUUAGAGGUUACUCGUGGGGCAUAA